AUGACUGGAUGUAAACCUGCAGUUACUCUGGUUGAGGUUAACAAUAAUCUGGUAGAGUCAGUAGACGACAUCUCAGUGAACAAGGAAAGAUAUCAACGACUUGUAGGGAAGCUGAUAUACCUCUCACACACCAGACCUGAUAUUUCAUAUGUAGUGAGUUUGGUAAGCCAGUUUAUGCAAGCCCCAUAUGUGAGACACAUGGAAGCUGUUACUCAGAUUCUGAGAUAUCUGAAGUCAACACCUGGAAAGGGCUUGAUGUUCAGGAAAAAUGAUAGAAGAUGCAUCGAAGCCUACACAUACUCAGACUGGGCCGGUUCUGUUACUGAUAGAAAGUCAACCUUGGGGUAUUAUACAUUCGUAUGGGGAAAUCUAGUUACAUGGAGGAGUAAGAAACAGGGUGUCGUGGCUAGAAGCAGUAUCGAAGCUGAAUAUAGAGCUAUGAGCUUGGGUAUUUGUGAGGAAAUUUGGUUGAAGAAGGUAUUAGUAGAUCUUCAUCAAGAGGGUCAUGACCCGAUGAGACUCUACUGUGACAACAAGGCUGCCAUUAAUAUUGCUAAUAACCCUAUUUAG